UUCAUUACUGAACUGAAAGGGUGUCCGGGAGCCAUACUCUCAGGGUUUCUCCAGUGAACUGCUGACCUUUUGGUUAGCAGCCAAGCUCUUAACCACUGUAGGAGGAAAAAAGAAACAUUAAUUGCAAAUUUGACAGGAAAAAUACGGAUCACAUUUUACAAUGAUAUAAAUGAAAUGAGAAUUUUCUAAAAAGAGGGUUUAAUUUCACAUAAUGAAAAAUCAAAGAGUCAUGAUGAAUUCAUUAACCAAAGUUGAAAACUGUAUUCUUCUGAAAAUUUACCCAUGUUGAUAUCAGUUAUGAAUGUCUAUAUGGGUUUACAAGAAGCAAAGAUGCCCAUCUGAAACCACAGUCUGAACCUUGGGCCUCUGACACCCUGUGGAAAUCAGGUUCAAGUUUUCUCACCUGGCUAGACAUGGAUGCUUCCCAUGCUCUGGGAUGAGGAAAUUGCUCCAUCUGUGAUUUCCUUGCCAUAAGGUUGAAACCUGUAGAGCUGCAUGAGGAAUGCAGAUACCCUCAAGGCUGAGCAAUGUCUUGAGUCUGGGAGGAAGCCCUGCCCAGGGAAAGCUGAAGCCAGGAACAUGAUACUCCUUAUUUACUCAACACUGUCUCCCCCAUCCCAUCCCUCAUCUUCUUCUGUUUCAGGUCCCAGGUGUGAUCAGAAGAAGUGGUCCAGUCUAGGCAGCUGGGGACCUAGGGCAACCACCUAACACAUCUGUCAAUCAGGAGUAAGAAUUUCAACUGCUGACUGGCUGUGUAGACCAAACUUUAUUCAUCUGCCUCCAGACUUCCUAGUGGGUUUGCUUCCACUCCCAUCCCUCCUGCCUUAAGUGGCUUCUCAGGCUGUAGAGAGGACAUUCACUUAGACUUCGUUAGGCUGGGGACAGGAAAUGAUGAUACCAUGCUCAUCCAGAAUAUGUGGGAUGUUUUAGGAGUCUGUGGUGUUUGAGGAUGUGGCCGUGGACUUUACCCAGGAAGAGUGGGCUUUGCUGGAUUUUGCUCAGAGGAAACUCUACAGAGAUGUGAUGAUGGAAACCUUCAGGAACUUGGCCUCAGUUGUUUCUCAACAGGUUGAUAAAGGACAGAUAGUGUCCAGUGAACACUUGGUAAUGCGAUUCGUGAGAAAUAACUCCUGGUACACCGUGUUAGGAGAAAUCUGUGAAUUCCAUGGCAUUGAAGAGCAGCAUAACAACCAGGGGAGUCACGUGAGAAGGCUUACAGUUGGCCUCUGUGAAAGUAAAGAAGGGAAAGUAAAGCAAAGGAAAGAAGGUACUCAGUGUGGAGAACCUUUCAGCAAGAUUGCACAUCUUACCAGCUUCAAAAGAACUCCUGCUAGAGAAAAUCCUUCUGAAUUCCGUGAAUGUGGAAAAGCUUUCAAGUAUCAUUCUUCAUUUAAACGUCACUUAAGAUCUCACACUGGAUAUGAUAACUAUGAGUUUAAGGAAUGUGGAGUGGCCUGCAGUUGUACCUCUUACCUAAGAACUCAUGUAAAAACACUUACUGGACAGAAAAUUUAUAAAUGUAAGGAAUGUGGCAUCACUUGUAGUUGUUCUUCAUCCCUUACUACACAUGUAAGAAGUCACGGUAGAGAGAAGCCUUAUGAAUGUAAGGAAUUUGGGAAAGCUUUAGGUGAGUUCUCAGCUCUCAUUGAACAUAAAAAUGUUCAAAGUGGAAAGCAACCUUAUGAUGGAAAGGAAUAUGGGAAUACCUUUAGUUCUUUCUCAUCCUUCAGUAAACAUAUAAGUAUUGACAGUGAAGUGAGACCCUAUGAAUGUAAGGAAUGUGGGAAAGCAUUUAGUAAGUCCUCAGAGCUGACUAGCCAUAUAAGAACUCAUGGUGAUCAGCCUUAUAAAUGUAAGGAAUGUGGGAAAGCCUUUAGUUGUGCGUCAUCCCUCAGUAAACAUAAAAGAAUUCACAGUGGAGAGAGGCCUUAUGAAUGUAAGGAAUGUGGGAAAGCAUUUAGCCGGUCCUCAAACCUCACUACACAUAUAAGAACUCACAGUGGAGAAAGGCCUUACGAAUGUAAGGAAUGUGGGAAAGCUUUUCGUUAUUCCUCAUCCCUCAGUAAACAUAAAAGAAUUCACAGUGGAGAGAGGCCUUAUGAAUGUAAGGAAUGUGGGAAAGCGUUUAGCCGGUCCUCACACCUCACUACACAUAUAAGAACUCACAGUGGAGAGAGGCCUUAUGAAUGUAAGGAAUGUGGGAAAGCAUUUAGCCGGUCCUCACACCUCAUUACACAUAUAAGAUCUCACAGUGGAGAGAGGCCUUAUGAAUGUAAGGAAUGUGGGAAAGCCUUUAGUUGUGCCUCACACCUCACUACUCAUAUAAGAACUCACAGUGGAGAGAGGCCUUACGAAUGUAAGGAAUGUGGAAAAGCCUUUAGCCAGUCCUCAAACUUGAUGAACCAUAUAAAAACUCACAGUGGAGAGCGACCUUAUGAAUGCAGGGAAUGUGGGAAAGCCUUUAGUCAGUUGUCAAAGCUGACUGGCCACAUAAGAACUCACAGUGGAGAACAGCCUUAUGAUUGUAAGGAAUGUGGGAAAUCUUUUUGUGAUUCUUCAAGUCUCACUACGCAUAUAAGAACUCACAGUGGAGAGAGGCCUUAUACAUGUAAGGAAUGUGGAAAAGCCUUUAGCCAGUCCUCACACUUGAUCAACCAUGUAAGAACUCACAGUGGAGAGCGGCCUUAUAAAUGUAAGGAAUGUGGGAAAGCAUUUAGCCGGUCCUCUCACCUCACUAACCAUAUAAGAACUCAGAGGGGAGAGAGGCCUUAUGAAUGUAAAGAAUGUAGGAAAGCCUUUAGUUGGCGCUCAGCCCUCAAUACUCAUGUAAGAACUCACAGAGGAGAGAAGCCUUACAAAUGUAAAGAAUGUGGGAAAGCGUUUAGCCAGUCCUCACACCUGAUCAACCACGUAAGAAUACACAGUGGAGAGCGGCCUUAUGAAUGUAAGGAGUGUCUGAAAGCCUUUAGCCAGGCCUCAUCUCUCACUCAACAUAUAAGAACUCACGGUGGAGAGAGGCCUUAUGAAUGUAAGGAAUGAGAGAACAUCUUCAGCUCUAUGUCCACCAUUUGAAAACGUGAGAAGGUACACUGAAGAGAAAUAUACAUUACACAUGACAGAGCCUAUGAAUGUAAAAGGCAAGGAAAGCCUUCAGUGUCUAUUCCUCCUGAGGACCUCUGUGAUACGUCAUACACUGGAGAGACUGUGACUGUAAGGAAAGUAAUUCAGUUGUAGUACGUGACUUUGGUUAAGUAUCAAAAUGUUAUUUUGGUUCUGUUAUAUAAAAAUUGUCUUCAUUAAAAAAUCUGAUCAACCCUUUGUGUUAUAAACUGUGUGGUUUUGUUUUCAUCAAAUAUGUUUUUAAAGUUUUUAUUUUUCACAUUGUAAAGCAGUAUGUUCUCUGUAGAAAUUUUUAUUUUAAUUGAAAAUUAUAAGGAAAAGCAAAAAUCACUCAAUUCCACCACUGUAGUUAGUUUGGGUAUUUUAUUUUGUCCUGGCCUUCGUAUGCAAAGCAUUGUUUCUGAAAGAAUCCGGAUUAUACACUGUGUGUAGUGUUGUACAGAACAUUUUUUCAACUGAUUUUAAUAUCUUCCACAACUACAGUGAUCCCUAUUCUACUAAUGAGGAAACUGCAUAGAAAAUUUUAACCCACAUCUUACCAUUUCUCAAAAAUGUCUGUGUUAAAUGGUGCUGUGAGAAGCAGGAUUUUCGUUGAAGGAGGGCCCAUGUUGGGGAUACAUAGAGAUGGUGAGCCUGACAGACCCACAGCCUGACCUAGAUGCAGUGGAGCUUCUGUCCAGCACAGGCACAGAACCUUAUUUUGAAAAAGUCCUACUUCUGUUAAUGUGGUUCAGGGAGAAUGCACUAGGCCAGGAAUUGAGGCUGCAUUUGCGGUACUGGGCUGUACUGGUGACUGCUGCUUCUCCUGGGGUGCACACCUGCUACAGGGCCUGGAGGUUUAUACAGAGCUACUCAGCCCCACAGUGAACUGGGACCAUCUUCCUUGACUUCUCAUGUAAGGGGUGUGGGAAAUAGUGACUACAGGUAGUAAAAGCCUUCAAAUUAGUCCUCAAAUUGACCCAGCAAUUCUUUCAGGAUCAUCUUAUGCAAAUCCUUAGGCACCGUAAUGGUAUACCUUGAUAACUGCUAGAUUGUGGAAAUAGUGAAAGGGGAAAUGAUGUCAGUG